AUGGAUGAUAGUACUCCUAGGAAAUUAAAGAUAUCACCUGAUCACGUUACUGUUCCUACUCCCACCGCCACAGAAGCUUCUCAAGACCAUUCUUCUUCUCCAUCAACUUCACACCCCAAAGAAGAUAACAUUUCUUUAAGGUCUCUUAGUCAAAGCCAGUCCAGUACUCGCAGGAAACUGAAAAGAGCAGCACUAAUGUUGAAUCUCUUCUCUCUUCGCCGUCUGCCUUGGGUUUCAGAUGGUCAAGAGAAGGUAGAGCUACCAGCAGCAGAGUUAGAGUCACUUAGAUCAGAACUCUCUGACUUAGAAGAAAGAGAAUCUGACCUCAAAGCACAGUUGGAACAUGUGGAUGAAGUCUUGCGUUCUGCUCGUUUAUCUGGCUAUCUCUUUAUCCGAAGUCGUUGGGAAGCUCUCCAUGGUGAACCACCUCCACUAGACGAUGCAGAAUAG